UGCUGCGGGAGCGCUGCGGGGAGCGGGGCUCGGCGGGGGUAGCGCCGUGCGGCCGGGCUGCGGGGGGCGGCGGGGGGCGGCGGGGAGCCGCAGGCCGGGAGGAGAGCUCCGGCUCGGGCAAAGCCCCGCCUAAACGGUUAACAGCCGGGAGGACCCGGGAGGUGCUCCGAGCAGCGGGUCCAUGACGACCUCCCGACCACCACCAUCAUCAUGUGCUUCGUGGACGAGGUGUGGUCCACCCUCCUGCGCUCCGUUCACAGCGUCCUCAGCCGGUCGCCUCCCCACCUGGUCGAGGAAAUCAUUUUGGUGGACGACUUCAGCACGAAAGAGUACCUCAAGGAGAAGCUCGACGCAUACAUGUCACAGUUCCCAAAAGUGAAGAUCCUGCAUCUCAAAGAGAGGCACGGUCUGAUACGGGCCAGGCUGGCGGGAGCACAGGUUGCCAAAGGUGACGUCCUGACCUUCCUGGACUCGCACGUGGAGUGCAAUGUGGGGUGGCUGGAGCCGCUGCUGGAGAGGGUCCGCCUGAGCCGGGCCAAGGUCGCCUGCCCCGUUAUUGAGGUCAUCAGCGACAAGGACAUGAGCUACAUGACCGUGGAUAACUUUCAACGUGGGAUUUUUACUUGGCCCAUGAAUUUUGGAUGGAGGCAGAUUCCACAAGAGGUCAUUGAGAAAAAUAAAAUCAAGGAAACUGAUAUAAUAAGGUGCCCGGUCAUGGCGGGUGGCCUGUUUUCCAUCGACAAGAAGUAUUUCUUCGAGCUGGGAACAUACGACUCAGGACUGGAUGUUUGGGGAGGUGAAAAUAUGGAGAUUUCAUUCAAGGUCUGGAUGUGCGGAGGAGAGAUUGAGAUUAUUCCGUGCUCCAGAGUUGGGCAUAUUUUCAGGAAUGACAACCCUUACUCCUUCCCGAAAGAUCGGAUAAGAACGGUGGAGAGGAACUUGGCCCGUGUCGCAGAGGUCUGGCUGGACGAGUACAAGGAGCUGUUCUACGGCCACGCGUACCACCUGGUCCUGAGACGCCUGGACGUGGGCGACCUGACCCAGCAAAUCGCGCUGCGAAAGAAGCUUCAGUGCAGAAGUUUCAAGUGGUACCUGGAGAACGUCUACCCGGACCUGGAGGCUCCCCUGGUGAAAGCCAGCGGGCUGCUUGUUAACAUAGCCACAGCAAGAUGCAUCACUGUGGAAAACACCACUCUAGCUCUUCAGACGUGUGAUGUUAACAACGAGGACCAGAAAUUCAACUACACCUGGCUGCGGCUGCUCCGGCACAGAGACCUGUGCGUCGCCCCGGCAGGCACCACGGGAGCGCUGGGGCUGCGGCCGUGCGCGGGCUGGGAGAGCAGCCUGGCCUGGCAGCACGGCAGCCUGGUCUGGCAGCACGGCAGCCUAGCGGCGGCCCGGCCAGACCUGGCAGACCACCUCGUUUCAGAGCACCUCCAGCCGCCCGCCUGUCUGGAAGUGGAUCCAUCUCUCCAGGCCCUGAGGGUGAGCGCCUGCAACUCUGCAAAUCCUUAUCAGAAGUGGCAGUUUGGCAAUUACUAUGCAGACUGAAGGGAACACAAUCGAACCAGAAACAGCGUGCUUUCAUCUUGUGAAUUCAGCAAUGGCAUCUGUGGGACUUGUGACAGCAAUUACAGAACUGGAAGUUCAUUUCCAAAUGGUAAUUGAAAUCCGUAAUUUAAACCGACAUAUUGAGAGAUCAAAAUACCAAGAGUAGCACAUCUGGUUUAACAACGUUUGAAAUGUGGGUUUCCUUCAACUGUGAGACACUUUGGCAAAAACUCAAAUAAUUUUUCUGUUAUUAAAUGGAAACAUUUCCUGAAGACCCCCCCCCAUCCUACUCUAAGCAAACGUUCAGUAGUUACCUCCAGACAACAAUAUAAGCUAACAGAAAUAAUUCCAGGGCUCUCCAGUCUGUAAACAGUAAAUUGGGCCAUUUGUUUUUCAACGGCCUGGGGAAAUGGAAGCUUAUUGAACAAUGCAUUACAAAAAUCCAUCCAACAUGCCCAUGCUGGGCCUGGUGGCAGGAUCCCGCCCAGCAGGACCUGUUGCCUCUGACAGUUAAGCAUCAGAGUUCACUUAGGAAUUGAUUGUGCAUUGAAAAAGCCUGUUCUUGAUAACGGAAGGCAAGCGUGGGUUGAUAGCCAGCUGGGGCAGUGCCCCCCACCUGCAGCCCUGCAUGGUGAUGGUGCAGGUGGCCCCGUGGGACCUGGGGCAGGCAGCAGCCCCCAGCAGGAUGCUUCGUAACCCAUGGCCGCUCCCUGCCAUGAUCAGGAUGGACAGAGGCACCCACGGGAGCCAGCAGGCGCUUCUCCUGAUACAAUGGCGGCCAUGAAGGCACGCAGGCCUUGCACAGGGAGCGUGGCACCGUGGAGUUCGCCCCUCACCGGCCCUCGUGUGGCUAGGCCGUGCCGGGCUGUCAGGCCCCGCACACCACAAGUCCCUCUGAACUUGGUGUCGCAGGCAGCUUUUGUUCUGACUGUGAAACUUUCAUCUCCAAAAGCUGUCCAUGGUUUUUGAAAGUCUGGAUUAGACAGGAGAACAAAUUUAGAUGUGACAAGACAUGAGCUUUGAGAUAGGUGACGCUGCAGCGCCACAGAAAGGACAUCGCCAGCCCCGUGUCACACAGCUCCCAGGGGCUCGCCACGAGGAGCUGCCACCCGCACACGGCGGUGUCGCCAACAGGAAGGUGGUGCCGGUUCCCCGGGUACCAAACGGGCUUCUCCAAAGACGGGCCUUCUGCUUUGCACCUCGGGAUCUGCAGGACUGAGCACUGCUCUGGCUCUGACACUGCUGCUUACGAUGGCCGAGCCUUCACCAUCCAGCAUUUGCAGGCUGAUACAAAGCAACUCACAUCUCUCCUUUGAUUUUUCAAGUGGCACCAGCAUAAUGUUACCUCUCACGUCAAGGAUCAAUGCUGACAGCACUUGACAGGCUGCGUCUGCCAAAAUAUUGACUGGCCUAACAGAUUUUCACAAUUGGCUCCUGUUCCAAAUGUCUUCCUGAUUUUAUCUCCCUCCUUUGGUGCUGCUCGCCUGCAGUCACUAUCAGAAAAAUUACACAGAUGUUGUUUGUGCAGUCAUGUUUUAUCAGGAGCAUGAAUUUCAUUAAAUGCUGUUUGCUGACAUUCAAUCAUUUGUCACUGAAUAGGCAGCGAGUGUUCUCAUGUCAUGGUCACAUCACAUCUCCAGGCUUGUCACUUGCACUUUUAUCCCCUGUUGUGUAAAUGCUCACUUCGAUGCUGGUAUCUUUUACUUACAGACCUGAGCAUGCCUUCAGGGACUGCUGGCCAUGAACUUGGUGGCGCUGUUACACAACACCCAGAAACACCCAGAUCUCCCCAUCAACCGGAUUUUCAGAAAGGAGAGCAUUUUCCUGGCACGCUCACAGGUGCAUGGGGCACGUGCCUGGCCAUCCCCUAACCUAGCACUGUGAAAAUAGAGAGGAAUUAUUUUCAGAACAAGUCUGGGCCUGCUGUUACAGCAUCCUAGAGCUGGUCACCCUACUCACCAUCCCCACUCUGUUUUCCGUGCAAAAUUUCCCCACGUGGAGCAGGGGCGUUUCCAGGGUCCUGUGCCCCCCCAGGUGCCCUGUAGCACACUCUCCCCCCAGCUGCUCACAGCUCCUGCUCCAGCUCUCUGCAGACAUGCUUUGGGCAGAAGCAGCCCCUGCUCUGUGCUGUGCCCUGGGGUGGGCUGGGUGGCAGCACCCAUGGGAGAGCAUUCAGCUCAGUACUGCUCACUUGCUGCUGUGUGCCCCUUGAUUUCCAUUUUCCAGCUCCCCUGAGGGUUUGGCAGGAGGUCUGUCUGCAGAAGAGGCCCUCAGAGCAUCCCCAGAGUUUACAUUUUACUUUUCCAGCCACCAAGCCAAGCAGGAGAGGGGGGUCAUUGCUCUCAGAUGAUCAGAUUUGCUUUCCACAGAAGCAAAAAACUCAUCCAAGCCUCAGUGGGAGGCCAUGCUCAGCUGGAGCCUGACCCUACGGUCAGCACAGCAAGCGUCCCCACCAUGCACGGCCCUGACAGCGUGGGGAGCAGUGCGCUGGCUGGCUCCAGGAGCGUAAGCCAACGUUGCAGACCGGCAGGGACAGACACGGUAACUUGAGGGACGUCUGCCUUUUGUGCUACAGCCGCCCCUGUCUUCCACCCAAGCCCCCACUGCUCCUCCUGCAGACACCUGCAUGCACCGCCCUGUGCCAUACACAUCCAGGCACCGGCCUUACCCUCAGGUUUUUGUUUCACCUGGGGUCUUUGCCGUUUUCUUCCCCAUUACACUCUGUAGCUGCGGCUGAGCACAUCUGCAACUGGCCCAUUGUCCCAGUGAACAGAGCUGGCCUCGCUGCAGGGCAGGCUGUGUGUCGGGAGGUGACCGUCGGCAGGUCACGGGGAGAUGUCGGCGCGCCCCGUCUCUCCCAGACAGCCCAGUAACAAUCUAAUCGUUAGGAGGAACGUGUUGUCAUCCUUACAGGAAUCGCUGAGAGCAGAAGUGGGUGGGGGCGCGGGGCAGCUGUUGGAGAGCAGGCAAACAAACUGGCAGUAUAAGUUUAUACAAGCAAACCUCUGAAUUUUUGCAAGCCAAAGAGCAAAUAAACAAUUCUGAAUAGUACAAUGAGGACUGUGUUUUGUUUGUACAAUACAGAAUUGCCAUUUAUUAUUUUGACGUUGCCAAUAAAUAAUUGCCUUUAUGUGGAACAAAAAAAAAAUCAAAGCAAUAUUCAGUGCUGCUGGAAAUGUAAAACUAAUAGUUUAAAAAAGCAAUUGUGGCUAAAGGAGACCUGGAGCUGAAGUCACAGCCUAACCCCCAUUCUUACCUCCUCUCCCUUUUCAGCUUCUCUCAACUUUCCCCAAUUCUUUCUGGGAUGACAUCUGCAAAGCUUAGUUCCAACUCAAGACAAAGCUUUCUGUAAAACAGUUUGAAAGAGACUAAAUGAACAGCACUGUAAUUACGCAAAGAUUUUUAAAAAUGGAGAAAGGCUGUGUUCAGAUGACAAAAAUAAAUCGUG